GAGAGAGACAGAGACGCUGUCGCUGCCUCUGCCGCUGCCGCUGUCUGUGUCUCAGUCGCGUCUGAUUGCUCACAACACAAAUUAUCGUUUAAUUUCUUUUCAUUUUUGCACAAAGCACAAAGCGGGUGACUUUUUGUGCCGCUGCAGCCAACCAACCACCAACAAUCCCCGCCCCUCCUCCCUCGCGCUUCCUUAUCAGCCAUUGAUAAUAUUGUGGCAGAGUCGUCGGCAGAGAGACUGACGGACAGUGUGACCGUGUCAUGUUUAGCUAAAGAAUUUUAUUUGGAAUAGCGUUGCACACUGACAGUCAGUGGACUUUCAUCGAAAUAAAGGCAAGGAUAAACAAGCUGUGUAAAUACUCGAAAACUAGGAGUAAUCCAAAAGGCAACGACAACAAGUACAACUACAACAACAAUAGCAAAUAGCAACGACAAUGUCUAAGCAUACAGACAACGAUAAUCUGCGCAAUGACAUCUACGAGAAUUUGCCCUGUCAGGCCAUGUAUAAUGAAUCUGUGCGCAAAAUGCAGCAACAACAACAGCAGCAGCAGCAACAACAGCAACAUCAUCAGAAAUCCUCAUCGGCUGGCGGGGGACAACAGCUACUGCUGUUGAAUCAUAGCAACAGCAACAGCAAUCCGAAUGCCAACUCCAAUUCGCUAGGCAACAACGUCAACACUGCUGCUGGCAACCUGCCCAAGGAGAUGCUCUAUGCGACUCCUCUACGCAAAUCGGAUCGUUACAAGAGUAGCGAACGGCAUCGCAUGGAAGGAGCAGCAGCGGCUGGCGAUGCCAAGUUGUCCAAUUUGAGGGACUCCAAUAGGCGUAAUGGGAAUCCGGUGCAGGUAACCGAUCUAGAUGCGAAUGAUGAGCUGGAGCAGGAUGUGGGGGAACGCGAGGCGGAUGCGAAUGCUUCGACUAGUGCACUCGUUGGUGGUUCCAAGUACAACAAUCAGUCGUCGGCUGUUGCCACGCCCAAUCAGCAACUGGAGGAUCGACGCAUACUCAACUUUCUCAAGGACACGACACAGGUGCACAAGAAACUGGAGAUAAGUGGUCGCGAUUGUCCCAAUGCCAGUUUUUCAAAUUUGGCACGUGAGGAGCAUUUUGCUAAUCUUGUGCAGCAGAAUUUUGCACUGGAUCUUACGAAUGGGAGUUCAGCGCCCGAGGAGGAUGGCCUCGAGCCUGGUGGCAAACAGCAGCCUGCGCCAGAAACAGCUGAUAAUCUGGAGUCGCUGAUGCAGCGCAAGCAUUCGCCGGAUAAAGAAGUCAACGGCCUGGCGCCACUGGAGCCGCCCAGUCAUCAUCAGCGUAUCGUGAGCAGUGUUUAUAUACAUCGCGAGUGGGUGCUGAAGAAGAUUGCGCUGUGUCUGGAGCAGCGUACAGCGGGCAAGAAACCCAUGCCGGUUGCCGGUCUGGGUGCUGCUGGUGUUAGUUCGGGUUAUGUGUCCGCCCGGGCCAAAGCUUCCGCCAUAUCCAGUUCAAGCUACAAUGGGUGCCUUGUGCUCGGAUCAAAUGGUUCGGGUAAGACCUCGAUAUGCCAGGCCAUCAUGAAGGGCAACUCGGGCACCAAGGGCAUCCUGAAUCGCAAGCUGCUCGCCUGCUAUCUAAUCGAAUCCCAGAAUCCCGAGUGUCACAGCUUGUCAUUGUUCAUGCGCAAAAUUGUGCUGCAGCUGCUCAGUCAUGCAUCACUAAUCAGUCGCGAGGAUAGUCAUCGUAUCAUCGAUGAGGGCUUCUCAUUUCUGCAACAGCAAGAAUCCAAGCUGGACGAGGCCAUGCAAAAUAUCAGCCUGAGCGAGAAUGCCGAAGAGCUGCUCAUCGAGGAGCUGAAGCGAGGUGCCAGCGAAUGCGACACCAAAGAGCUGGAGAACUUUCACAAGCAGCGCACCUCAACGGGUCAGAGGUCCGCAGUAAAAUCGGGUUUGACCCGACAACAAUCGGAGCCAGCACCUCAGGAGACUGUAGAGAAGCCCGUCGGCGGGGGCAACAGCUACGGAACACAUCCACCGAAACGUGGCGGUGUCUCCGCUCCAAUUGCAGAACGUGGCGAGCAGGACAAAGACACUGGCAGCGAAAAGGAACAGAAGCAAAAGGAAAGGGAAAAGGAAAAGGACAAGGAGGCGCCCAAAAGCAGUCCCAUCAAAUCCAAGUCGAAAAUACCCGUCAAACGUGGACGCACCGGCAGCGGUGUUUCCUCACCAGCCAAACUGGUGACGGCUACUCCCACGACCAACAGCAUACAGCAGGGUGGCGGCGAGGAUAUCGCCGACUUGGUCAGCGAGCAGCUAAAAAGCGAAAUCGAAGCGGCCAUCAAGGAUGACAAACAGGCGGAGGAGCAGGAGGAGGAGAAGCACAACGAAGACAAGCCUGAGGCGGAUAAGGAAACGCAGGCAACAACACCAACAGCAGAAACAACAAAAGAGGAGACAGAUAAAUCCGAAGCAGAACCGCUCAUCGAUUUCAUCGAACCCAGUGUGGAGCAAGUGGAGGUCACAAGCACUCCACCAACGGCACCACCUGUGCCCGGUGAGAAACCCAAGCCGAUCAAUAGCACCAGCACAUUACCGCCACCACUACCAAAGACGAAAAGUUGUCGGACCAUCAUUGCCGAUGGCUACUACGAGCUGCUUAUGUCGAAUCCGGAGAUACUCGAGUGCCUCAGCGUCGACAGCAUUGAGAAGAAUCCGGAUGAGUGCUUCAAGAAGGCACUGCUCUUUCCACUACUCGAAUUGACGCCGCCAAAGACCGCGCUGCUGCUGCUCAUCGAUUCCAUUGAUGAGAACUACAUCAAUGAGGGCAAUCUGAUCUCAACCCUAAAGGGUGGACGUGGCACGGUGACCAAUCACAAGAGUCGCAACGUUGCCGAGCUACUCUCCAAUCAUAUACACCUAUUCCCCAAGUGGUUGUUCCUCGUUUGCACCACAAAGAAGCAAACGAAGCAGAUAACAAAAAUGUUUACGGGCUUCAAGAAGAUCACCCUCGAUGAUCUACGCAAAUCGCAUGUGGUCAAGGAUGUGCAAGAGUAUAUCAUUAAUCGUUUGAACUCGGACUUUAAGGAUAGCAUUAUGCUGACCAAGGAGAUAAUAGAGUCGCUGCAUCAGCUCUAUAUCAAAUCCAAUGGCUGUAUACUCUAUCUGGAGAAGGUUCUGCAUGGCAUCAAGGAUAAUUUCUUUAGUUUUCGCGAGAUCAAGCUAAUCCCAUGCACUCUGAACGGUCUGUACUUGUACAUCUGCCAGAAGUCCUUCAACAAGAAACAGUACAUGAAGAUACGACCACUGUUGAAUGUCCUGCUCGCCUCCUCAGGCUAUGUGGACAAGUUGUUCCUCUUCAACUGUCUGAGGACGCAUAAUUAUACCAUCGAUUGCCAGGAGUUUGAGAAGCGUCUGCAACUAAUGCGCAACAUUCUCGCCUAUGAUGCGAAUGCGCAACGCUUGAAGAUCUUUCACAACUCCUUUGCGGAUUGGCUGGUGGAUGUGAAGUUUGCCACCAAGAAAUUCAUCUGCGAUGUGAAUGAAGGACAUGUCAUGAUCUCCAUGUACUAUCUGUUAGUGGCGGACACUCUCUGUGCCAAUACGGUGCGUAGAUUUGCCUAUCACCUGAUCAAGUCUGGCGAGUAUCUCACCAGUCGCCAUGUGGAAUUGGAUCUCAUUUUAAUGUUGCUCGAAUCGCGUUUGAAUCUCAGCGAUUGUUUCUAUACCAACCAUUUGAAUUGUUGUGCUCAAUGUGAGCAUGAUUUCAAAAAUGAUGUCAAUUUUCUGCCCAAGACCCGCAGCAUGUUGGAUCGUUUUCUGGCCAAUGAGUUGAGUGAACCGUUUGCGCAGUUCCUUUGCGACUUCUUCAAGCCGAGUCUGCCGACGGAUGCGAAAAUGUUGAAACUACUCAUCGAGACGGGCAUAAAUAAUGCCGAAGCGCAAAACUCCUGCGAAUCAUCGCUGAUGUCACCCGAACUGUCGGACAAGUCGCAGAAUAUUGACUUUGAGCUGGCGGAUUUAUUGCUCUCCAGCGAGAAGAGUUGUCUACAGGAGACGCAACGCACGAUUAGCCCCUCGGAGCAGAGUGAGCCACCGCAUGAGAGCCAGGACGAGAAUGCAUCGAGUACGUUGCAUCAACUCUCCGACUCGCAUCACAUUGAGCUGCACAAGGGCAAGGCUCUGAUACACAUCCUGGCCAACGAUGGCAAUCAUCAGUUGUUGGAGCGUGCCCUCAAUGCCUGUAAGAGUCCCAUUGAUCUGGAGAUUGAGGAUUAUAAUGGCCAGACAGCGCUGAAUAUUGCCUCCCGGAAUGGUCAUCUGGAGGUGGUUAAACUCUUGCUAAGCUUCUCGCAGCCCUGCAACGAUGGCACUGGACGCAUGAAGCGUGUGGAUGUUAAUCAUGCGGAUCGCGAUGGCUGGACACCAUUGCGUUCUGCAUCGUGGGGUGGUCACAGCGAGGUGGUGCGUCUUCUAAUAGCCCAGCCUGCCUGCAAGAUUGACCUGGCCGAUAAGGAGGGGCGCACAGCAUUGCGCGCUGCUGCCUGGAGUGGACAUGAGGAUAUCCUGAAGCUGCUGAUCGAGUCGGGUGCGGAUGUUAAUUCGGUGGAUCGUCAGGGACGCACUUCGCUCAUUGCCGCUUCCUAUAUGGGUCACUAUGACAUUGUGGAGAUUCUUUUGGACAAUGGCGCUAAUGUGAAUCACUUGGAUUUGGAUGGACGCAGUGCGCUGUGUGUAGCCGCCUUGUGUGGUUCCUCCGGGUAUAGCAAGGUCAUUUCCACAUUGCUCGAUCAUGGUGCGAAUACGGAUCAACUGGACAAUGAUGGCAUGUCGCCACUGCUCGUCAGCUCCUUCGAAGGCAAUGCAGAGGUCUGUGAACUGUUGCUGGAGAAUGCUGCGGAUCCGGAUCUUGCUGAUUUUAUGGGUCGUACACCGUUGUGGGCGGCCUGCACCGCUGGACAUGCGACGGUGGUGCGUCUCCUGCUCUUCUGGGGCUGUGGCAUCGAUUGCAUGGACAGUGAAGGACGCACGGUGCUCAGCAUUGGCGCCGCUCAGGGCAAUGUGGAGACAGUGCGUCAACUACUCGAUCGUGGUCUAGAUGAAACGCAUCGCGAUAAUGCCGGCUGGACUCCGUUGCACUAUGCCGCCUUUGAGGGCUUCCAUGAGGUGUGUUUGCAGCUGCUGGAAUCAGGGGCCAAGAUCGAUGAGUGCGACAACGAGGGAAAGACGGCACUCCAUCUGGCCGCCCAGGAGGGCAGGCUGCGCUGUGUUCAGACCCUACUGGACAUCCACUCCAGCUUUGUGGAUCAGAAGGCACACGAUGGCAAGACGGCGUUCCGUCUGGCCAGUCUCGAGGGUCACAUGGAGACAGUGGAGUAUUUGCUCAAGUUCUGUUGCGAUGUCAACUCUAAGGAUGCCGACUCGCGCACCACUCUGUACAUCCUGGCGCUGGAGAAUAAGAUGGACAUAGUCAAGUAUCUGCUGGACAUGACGAAUGUCGAUGUCAAUAUACCCGAUAGCGAGGGACGUACAGCGCUGCAUGUCGCCGCCUGGCAAGGACAUACGGAUAUGGUGAAGACCCUCAUCGAAGCUGGUGCCGAUGUUAACUCUAUGGAUCUGGAAGCGCGCACACCGUUACACUCCUGCGCCUGGCAGGGCAAUCACGAUGUGAUGAACAUCCUGCUCUACUAUGGCGCCCUUGCGGAUCAUGCCUGCAAGCAGGGAGCCACAGCGUUGGGCAUCUCCGCCCAGGAGGGGCACGAGAAAUGCGUCAUUGCGCUGCUCCAGUUUGGCGCCAAUCCCUACAAGUCGGACCAUUGCGGACGGACACCGAUUAAACUGGCGGCCAAAUCCAGUCGCAGCAGCAUACUCAAGAUCUUUGAGAGCUAUACCAAAAAUGAAGCUAGCAAUCCCAAUGAAACGAAAUUCCAUGCCAGCAUGCUGCGUUCUCCUGAUCAGCCGCCGGCGUUGCCCCUGCACCAAAAUCUCGCCCCGUAUCCGGCACACGCAUCCGCCUCAUCCGUUUGCUCCGCCGCCACAACGGCCACCGUUCACAAUGGCAGCCAGCUGCAGGCUCUAAAUGCAUCAAGUUCGACGCACAGCUCCAACAAUUUCUAUCAGAAUACGAUGCAAUCGGAUACGAGCAGUCUGCACAAGCGCAAGAGCGUCAUCUCUAGUCAAUCCACGGGCAGCAGCAAUGAUCAAGCGCCGCUAACCUUCACACAGCAAUUGCAGCGACAAAGCAAACUCAGCUCACGCAACAAUCUGAUGGUCAACUCAAAGCAUGCCUCCAGCUCGGCGGCGGCGGCAGCGUCACACAAAUCCAGCAGCAAUGGUGGCCCAGGCGCUCAUCAGCGUCACUCUCAAGUGCUGCCCGAUCUCAGCGAGCAUCAGCUAGCAAGCAACAUGACCAACGAGGCGGAUCUGUAUGAUAUGGAGUGCAUGUCACCGUUGUAUGCCACGCCCCCACAUUCGCCCAGCAGCGAGUUGAGCUCGCCCGGACAACUGCCCGCUCUGAAUGCGUUUGUCGAUGAUGACAGAGCUGGACCCAGCAAUGGCGGUUCAAAGUCCGCUUUGCCCGAUAAUCAUUUUGCGCGAGAUACGCACAUGCGCAUUAUAUUGGGCAACCUUAAGGAGAAUCAGCCCAGUUCAUCAAGCAAGAGCAAGCGCAGUGGCGUCUCCAGUAAUCCUGCAAUGCGACUCAUUCGCAGUCGAUUUGAUUCGGCAGCCCAACUCAUCAGGAGAACCAACAACAUGCUUUCCUCCAGCAGCAAUCAGGGCUCAUCGAGCAUUGGCGUUAAGUCGGGCACCUUCCAGUGGCGCAAGGAGAGUCAAAUGUAAACACUAAGGCACACACACCUACACACUCACCUACACACAGACACACCCACAUACAUACAUACACUUGCAUACUCAAUUAUAAUGUAGAUUGUAUUUUGACUUUAUUGAGUUCAUACUUUUAUAUACUUUAUAAAACGAGUAUUUGUUUUUUGUGAUAGUUUAAAUUUUAGUAUACAACUCAUAUUAUGUAUUUCCCAAUUUUUUUAAAUAACUAAAAUACAACUAGACCUAUUCGCAAAAAUGAUUCGUAGUCUAAGGCACGCGCAAAAGUAUUAAGCUGUUUAGGAUCCAUAUUGCAGUAUAGAAUAUUUCAUUAUAUUUCGAGUACAUUUUUGGCAUGCAAUCGUAGAAAAAUACCUUUAAAAUAUAGCAACGAAAUUAAAUGGAAGCAAGAAAAUAUAUCUUCGGCAUGCUUGCAGUUUGAAUACCCUUGCAGAUAUUUAAACAAAAAUAGUCAAUCCUUCCUAUAUGAUAAAAGAACCCAAUUUAAUUAUACAUAACUAUGCUGAAAAAACUCUCAAUUAUUUGAAUUAAGCGUUUUAUUUGAUCAAACUCUAAGCGCCAUACUAAACAAAAUAUUAAGUACAUGUAUUCGACAAAGGGCUGAAUAAUAUAAUUUAUUUAAUAUCUAGCAUAUAUAUAUAUAUAUAUUAUAAUGAUGUUUAAGUCAAUUUUUAUAAUGCAUUUCUUAACCAAACACAAACGAUUUAUAUGAUAUUCAGUUUAGCACACUUAUGUAAUCCUAGAGACACCUUGAAACACUUCAUGUGACCCGUUCCUGUACCUAUAUGUCACACAUUUUAAAAUCACACACACCCGAUCCCAUGUUCCCCAAAAUGACCUGUACACACAACAACUUAUAUAUUAUUAAACUCUCAGAACGAAUAUUUUCAGAAACUCUACUCAAACUGCAAAGCAGCAAAACAAACAUAAAACACACAGACACAGGCAAAAAAAACCAUACAACGUACUUGGCUAAAUCCAAAAAAAAAAAAAAAAACUAAAAAGAUAAACAUUAACUCUUUAACAGCGAAAUGUUGAUUUAAAAUGAAACAUUAUAA